CAUGGACUUCGAAUUUUUUUGAUUCAACCACAGUUUGAGAAGCUGCGUUUGAUUCUUUUUAAACUUGUAGAUAAAAUCGUUGAACUGUCUCUAUUUUGUUCGAUUACGAUUACGUUGUAAUGUAGUCUGAUAAUUAUUUUUAAGAACAAACUAAUUUAAUAUCAUAAAAGAGCAAAUGGAAUCCCAUGGACAAGAUUUUAAAAUUUUACACGAAAUACGCAACCUGGGAUGCGACAAUGAAUGUCUCUGUGCGGCGGCAUAUCGGCUCUAUCUACACUUAUGUGAAGAUCGCUAUCUCUGGAAUGUUCAGUAUCACUACUCACAGAAGCUGGAUCUGAUCUAUCUAACAGCACGUAAGCAAAAAGAUUCCCCUUCGGAAGACGUCUACAUUCCAGUAGCUUCAUUUGACGAGCUCCCCAUGACCAGCAUAGAGCGAUAUCAGGCAGAGCUGGCCCAUCCUGACAAAAACGGCAACCGCUGCAUUGUACUGGCCUUCUGCGAUCCCAGCUCAUCGGUGCUACUGUACCGCAUGACCAAUGCGAUUGUUCCUCUUUCCGAUAAACCGAUGUCCAAGAACAAACUGAACAAACUAAAAGCAUUGGCAUCAACCAGUCAAAAUAAAUCGGAUUGAAAAGUGA